AUGUUGGUGGAGCUGCUCUUCCAGGCUGCCUGUGUGUCCCUGCUCCUCUCCAGCGGCCAGGCCAGGGGGUAUCCCGGGAGGAAGAAGCCGGGAAGCUUUGCCGUGGAGAGGCGCCGCGGGGGGCCCCACGUUUGCUUCCCGGGCUCCGGCAGCGGAUGUUGUCCCGGCUGGAUGCUGUCCCCGGGCAGCGGGAAGUGCACCCUGCCGCUCUGCUCCUUCGGCUGCGGCGGCGGCUCCUGCGUCGCUCCCAACCUCUGCCUGUGCCCGGAUGGGGAGCAGGGAAUCACCUGCCCAGAUCCUCCGGGAACGUGCGGGGAGUACGGCUGUGACCUGUCCUGUAACCACGGCGGCUGCCAGGAGGUCGCCCGCGUGUGUCCCGUCGGCUUCUCCAUGGCGGAGACUCCCAACGGCGUCCGCUGCACCGACAUCGACGAGUGCCGGAGCGGGGCCUGCGAGGGGCCGUGCGUGAACACGGAGGGCGGAUUCGUGUGCCAGUGCGGCUCCGGCCGGGAGCUCUCCACGGAUCGGCGCAGCUGCCGCGACACGGACGAGUGCCAGGCCACGCCGUGCCAGCACCGCUGCGAGAACAGCGUCGGGAGCUACCGCUGCUCCUGUCGGCCCGGAUACCAGCUCCACGGGAACCGGCAUUCCUGCCUGGAUGUGGAUGAAUGCCGGCGGCCGGGAAUGCGCCGCUCCUGCCAGCACAGCUGCCACAACAUUCCCGGGAGCUUCCGCUGCUCCUGCCGCCCCGGAUACCGGCUCAGCACAGACAGGGUGUCCUGCGAAGGGUAUCCCAAAGCCAUCCUGGCCCCGUCACCCAUCCUGCAAUCCCUGCAGCACCCGCCCACCCUCGUCCUGCUCCCUCCCGGCUCCCACCUGCUCCCGAGGGGCUCCCCCUCUCCCCACAUCCCUGUGGCAGCUCCUGGGACCCAAUUCCCACCCUCUUCUCCGUCCCUGUCUCCCGGUACCUCCGUCCCACCGUCCCCUCGCUGUCGGCACCGCGGGGUUUCCCGGGAGCCCGGCGCUCGCUGGACGGAGCCGGGAUGCCGGAGCUGCACCUGCCAGGAGGGACGAGUCCUGUGUGACGCCGUGAGCUGCUCCAUUCCCUGCUCCCACCCGCUUCCCGCUCCGGCUGGGGGGUGCUGCCCCACCUGCACAGGGUGCCUCCACGAGGGGGUGGCCAGAGCAGAGGGCGAUGUCUUCUCCCCAUCCGAUGGGAAUUGCUCCGUCUGCAUCUGCUUGGCCGGGAACGUCUCCUGCCUUUCCCCGGAAUGCCCCGCAGGCUCCUGCCCCAGCCCCUGCCAUCCAGCCCUCCUGACUCCGCCUUUCCCAGCCAAGUGCAGUUUCCGGGGCCGCACGUACGCGCACGGGGCCCGGUUCAGCCCGGACGGGGACGGAUGCACCACCUGUGUCUGCCAGGGCGGGGAGGUGGAAUGUUCCUUCGCUCCCUGUCCCAUCCUGGACUGCCCCCAGCACCAGCGGCUCCUGCGCCCCGGGCAGUGCUGCUCCUCCUGCCGGGACCCUCCGGCCCCCGCCGGUUGCUUCCUGGAGGACAACGGCGUGCAGUUUCCCGUGGGACAGCUCUGGUCUCCGGGCGAUCCCUGUGAGUUAUGCAUCUGCCAGGCAGACGGCUCCGUGAGCUGCCGGCGCACGGAAUGCCUGGAGACCUGUCCCUACCCCAUCCGGAUCCCCGGGCAGUGCUGUCCCGACUGCUCCGCAGGCUGCACCUACAUGGGGCGGGUGUUCUCCAACAACGAGACCUUCCCGUCGGAGCUGGAUCCGUGUCUCAGCUGCAUCUGCCUGCUGGGAUCGGUGGCCUGCUCGCCUCUGGAAUGUGCCAUCGUGUGCUCCUACCCCUUCCACCCCGAGGGCCGCUGCUGCCCCGUCUGUGACGACUGCAACUACCGCGGCAGGAAGGUGGAGAACGGGCAGAGCUUCACCCCCGAGGGGCAGCCCUGCACCCGCUGCGCCUGCCAGCUCGGGGAGGUGACCUGCGAGGAGCGGCCGUGCCCCCACUCCUGCUCCGAGCCCCCCGUGAUUCCCGCUCCCUGCUGCCCACCCUGCCCAGCCACAGAUGUCCGGCUUCCGCUGCAGGGCAGUGACCUGGCCCCAUCCCUGGCCCCGUCCUUAUCCCUGGUCCCAUCCCUGGCCCAGUCCUUGUCCCCAUUCUCCUCCCUGGCCCCAUCCUCAUCCUCGUCCUCAUCCGUAUUCUCACCCUCAUCCCCAUCCCAAUCCCUGUCCCCAUCCUCAUCCCCCUCCUCCUCCCACUCCCCAUCCUCAUUCCCGUCCUCCCUGUCCCCAUCCUCCUCUCAGUCCCCAAUCCCUAAGGAUUCACCCCCUGGUACCUCCCACCCCAAUCCCCCCAAAUCCCACCCCCGCCUGGCCCAGCUCCUGCUUCCCAACACAUCCGCCGCCCCCAGCCCCUUUCCCGGGAUUUGGGAUGCCGGGGAUCCCCCCCCCACCACCCCGAGCCCCUCUGGACACCCCUCGGUGCCCCCCGACCCCCCCUCCGAGGCCGCGGCCCCCCCAGAUCCCACGGGCUGCUCCGGCCCCGGGGCUCAGGGAUCCCUCGGGAAUGCGGAUCCCGCUGCGGCGCCGCCGGACAGCGGGAAGAGCCCCAGGUGCCGAGUGCCGGGAGGAGGAGGAGGAUGAGGAAGAGGAGGGGGGUCUGCAGGAUCAGGCCCCUGGGGAGGGGGGGCGACUGUCCCCCCCCGCCAAUAAACUCAUCCUGGUAUUUA